CAAAUUCCAGUCAUUCAAAUCUGCAAAGCGGAGGAGGUCUAUUUUUCGUUUCUCUCAAUCAAAACGCGACAAAGGUGGGUUUUAAACGCUUUUAACCGAAUUACACACGGAUUUCGAGCAAAACGAGAGCACACGAAGAGGAUCAAGGCAGUUUUGUGCAGAUCGGUGGAAAAAGACUAGACGACAUGCCGUUUACAAGGGGGAAGAAGCCAACGGUGUCUGCAGCGAGUAGACUGCCCAAACUGAGCACAAGAUCGGAAGAAAACCUGGAGGAGGGGUCACAGGUCAAAAGGUCGUCCUCUCCGCCCACUGGAGCGCCCAAAAAGAGGACGGCGUUCAUCGACAUCACAAAUGCUCAUAAAGUUGGGAUCAGUCUUCCCGGGAGAAAGAAGGAGGCCUCAAAGAAAAUUGUGAAGAAGUCUGCAGUCGCCUCCAGCUCCGUGUCGGCCAAGAACCAAGUCAACCUCAUCAAGUCCUCCUCUGUGAGCUCUGAUGAGUCGUCUGUCGAGAUCGAAAAAACUGAAGAGGUCAAGGUCAAGCUGGAAGAGCAGGAGGUCAAGGUCAAACAGGAAGUGCAGGAGGUCAAGCUAGAAGUGCAGGAGGUCAAGCAGGAAGUUAAACAGGAAGUCCAAGAGGAUACAGCGACUCCGGUCGAAAAGCUGGAGUCCAAUGCUGCGCCCUCUACUGUCCAAAAAGUACCAGCACACCUCCGGAGACAGCAGAUCCCAGCUGAGUUUGACAUAGACGCGGAGAACAGGGAGGACUGCGUCAUGUGUCCAGAAUACGCCAAAGACAUCUUCGACUACCUCAAACAGAGAGAGGAGAAGUUCGUGCUGCCGAACUACAUGUCCCUGCAGUCCAGUCUCAACCCCGAGAUGAGAGCCAUCCUCAUAGACUGGCUCGUCGAAGUUCAGGAAAACUUUGAGUUGUAUCAUGAGACCCUGUACCUGGCCGUGAAGAUGACUGACCACUAUCUGUCCAAGGCCUCUGUGCACAGGGAGAUGCUCCAGCUGGUUGGCUCCACCGCCAUGCUCAUCGCCUCCAAGUUUGAGGAGCGCAGCCCGCCGUGUGUGGAUGACUUCCUGUAUAUCUGUGAUGAUGCGUACAAGAAGGAGGAGCUAAUCUCCAUGGAAAGCAGCAUCCUUCAGACACUCAGCUUCGACAUCAACAUCCCCAUCUCCUAUCGCUUCCUCCGCCGCUACGCAAAGUGUGUGAACGCAGGCAUGGACACCCUCACUCUGGCCAGGUACUUCUGUGAGAUGAGUCUUCUGGAGAUGGACCUGGUGGUGGAGCGUGGAUCUCUGUUGGCUUCAGCCUGUCUGCUGCUGGCUCUACUCACCAAAGACCUGGGUGGAUGGACCCCGUGUUUACAGUUCCACUCAGGGUACGACCUCUGUGACCUCAGCCCUGUGGUCAGAAAACUCUACUUCAGUCUGUCUGCACCUCUGGACGACCGGCUCAAAGCCAUACGCAACAAGUACUCUCACAAGGUGUUUUUUGAAGUGGCAAAGUUGCCUCUGGUGGACCUGGACAUGCUGGAAAAUGCUUUGUUGAAAAAAGAGAAAACGGAAGAACCGGUCUGAGCUUAACCAUGCGCUCAUCUGUAAAUACUGUGAAUACAUUUUAUAUUUAUACAUUUUGUGCGUCUUUUACUCUAAAAUCUGCAUUUCCUUUGCAACCGAAGUGUUCAAACGUGGGCAUUUAUUUUCAUGUUUUUUGCCAGUACGUUUUAGCAUUUUUAUUUAGUUAUAAUGCGAUUUUAAAGCCUUUUUAUAAUCCCAAUUAAAGAAAAGCCCUGUUGUGUGUAAACAGUGAAGAAUUGUAAUUGCAGCAUUCCUUUUCACUGUUUCGGAGCUGAAUUUACUAGUAAAUGAAGUUGUUGCCCAUGUGUUUUAUAGUCUGUUUUGUUACUACCAAAAGUGUAUUUUCAAACCUUGUACAGUUUAUCAUGUCCAUUCAGUAUUUGUACAAAAGACGACAAAAUGAGAAGCUGUUUUAAAAUGCUGUCAUGCAUACUCUUAAAAUAAAGUCUUUUGAUAUAAAUGUUAA